CUGUAAAACUAGGUGUGUGAGAUUGAUGUCUUUCUUCAUGUCAUAUAACCCUGCCCACUUAUGUUAUCAAAUGGAUCGAGAUGGAUCAGAGAGAAAGACACUCCUGUCCAAAUACUUGACUCUGGUUCAUUCAACUAAAAAGGCUCCACUUCUCAGCGAUGGCAGUCCGAGUCACCAGGACAUUUUUCCUGUUAAUUGUGAUAUCACUUAGCAUUAUUCUUUUUAUUCUAUCAUGGGAAGGUUCAGUAACAAACUUCAGCUGGACAAGUUUGUCAGGGAAAGUCAGACACAUAAAGGGAAACAGGUCACAUGAAAAUAUCGUUACACUCUCUGGAAACAAAGGGAACUCGACUCCACGUCCUGCUGUGUUAACCACAACACCCCAGAUGAAAAAAGCUGCUUCAACCAAAGGAAACCCAGUGACAACUCCAAAAAAACAUCAAAUGAAAACUUCUACAAAUGCACCUGCAGCUGAGACGCCAAUGCCCAUCCUCUACAAGAAAUCCUUCAAGAAGCUUCCAAAGUGGGAUUUUGAGGAUGUUUAUAACCAGGAUGGCCGUCCUGGACAGAGAACCUGUCCCCAGUCUCUGAGAAACUCAAAGGAUGAGAGCUUCAAGAAGGCUUUUCUUCCCAACAUACGUUUGUUUCUGCACAAAGACAACAUCAACAUGAGCGAAUGGAACCGACUUUCACAUUUUAACAAUCCUUUUGGUUUUAUGGAGCACAAGUACGACGAUGUGAUGCCUUCAGUGAAGCUGAUUCCAAAGCCAACAGAGCCUCUGCUCCUUCCAAAACCAGGAGGUGAUGGCUGUGUGCGCUGUGCCGUGGUGGGUACCGCAGGAAUCCUCAAUGCAUCCAAAGCUGGUGCAGAGAUCGACUCUCAUGAUUAUGUUUUCCGGAUGAACGGGGCCUUGACAAAGGGUUUUGAGGAAGACGUAGGAAACAGAACAGAUGUGUACGUUCACACGGCCCACUCCAUCACCACAUCGCGAUACUUGUUGAAGAAAUAUGGCUACACGGCUGCCCCUCAUGAUGAGGGGAUAAAGUACGUCAUGAUUCCUGAAGGAUUGAGGGACUACCAGUGGCUGGAGGGUCUUCUGAAAGGAGAAAGUGUCCGUGCCGGCCCGUACCACAAAUCACAGCCAAGAACAUACUACUCAGGGCAGUACAACGAGAGCCGCUUCUACGUUCUGCACCAAGACUUCCUCCGAUACGUACGAAACAGGUUCCUGUUGUCUCCUAAUCUUAAUGCUUCAUUCUGGCCGAUAGUCAGACCAACCAAUGGGGCUUUCACUCUUUUGCUGGCUCUGCACACCUGUGACAUAGUGAGUGCAUACGGGUUCAUGACGGAAGACUACAGCAAAUACUCCAACUACUACUUUGAGAAGCAGAUUAGAACCAAGGUCAUUUUCUACAGCAACCACGACUACAUUCUGGAGAAGAAUUUGUGGAAAAGUCUUCACGACAGGAAAAUACUUAAGCUAUAUCAGAAAUCUGAAUCAGGGACAGAAAAGCUGAAGCAACGUUAAUACAUCAAGAAUGGCAGCAAUGGAAUCCAGAAGUUAGGUCGUGUUUUCUGUGUCAAUAUAUGUUCAGACAAAGCGAGGCUGUCAUAUCACAUUUGUCACAUGUGACACAAUGUGACAAAUUGUGUGGUUAAAGGGGUUGUGUUUUGUUUAGUUUUUGCCUGUUUGUGGUUAUUCUUAACAGACCUGUUCUAGCAGGAAGUUGAAGUAGCUUCCAAAGCAAAAGCAAAUUAGGAAAAAUAUCAUCAGCAAUUUAACAAAAAAAAAGUAAAUGAAAAUAGCAUUAAAAAUAAAUAGGCAAAGCAUUAGACAUCUAUUCCACAGAACCAGUUUGUAUGACAAGUUAUGAAGUGAAAAUAUAAUAAUAGAUGUGAGGAAGUGGGAAAUGCAUGGCACUUUCUGAGUUUACACCUGGAUGUAUAUCAUUGUGUUGCACUUUCAGAGAGAAGUGCUGCUUAGUGAAUUUUAUUUGUUGGUCUUUUUUCCUCGCUGAUCCUUGGUUUCCUUGUUCCUUUGUUUACUGUUGUUUGUGCCCCAGGCAUUGAUGUACGUAUGUUAUCCAAAGUAUUGGUGCCUGUCUUUAGGUCAGAUGAGUGUGGAGGUGGAGGUGGAGGUGGUGGAGGGGAUGUAUUCUAUUCAGUUGAAUAGAACUGUCUAUAUCUUUCCUUUUUAUGGAAGCGGUUUUUCACUUUUUAAGUGUUAUACACUUAUGCACUAAUCACCAUUCACAUGAGUCUGCUCUUGAGAAAUAAGGUGCAUUGUGGUGUAGAGGGGGGAGAUUAUUAUUUAUUACAAAUUACUUAUUUUUUUCUGGUUUCUGAUUGAUGAGUUGGUGGGCUUUUAUUUUUGAAGUAAUAUCAUGGUUGUAUGGCUAUAUGCAUGGUUGUUGUAAGACUGGUAAUAUUUGCGUACAAAGACUUUGAAGGAAUUUAAUAAAGAUGUUUUUGCAGAACAUUUUGA